CCCUUAUAAGUGGGUACGUGUCACGUGAGACGGUAAUGUCCCGCUGCGCUCUGCCUCAGGCUGUUACCUGCUACACCUGCUAGUACCCCUACAACUUUUCAUGGCGUCCGUCAUCCCGGUGAUUUUCAUACUCGUCAUAGUCCUAGGACUAAUGACUUGUGGUUUCCUCUUCGUCCCAAAGGGACCAAAUCAAACGACAAUUCGUACGGCCAUCAUGCUUACGUUUGCAUCAUGCUAUCUUAUGUGGAUGGUCACAUAUAUGGCUCAGCUACAUCCUCUCAUCACACCAUAUCGUUCCACAAAGGCCGGAGAAAGUUUAUGAUGGUUACGCGCCUCUGAGCAGGAAAUAGAUGUACACCGCUGUCGCUAUG